AUGCCAAUUGAAGCAAUGGCACCUGUAGCUGCAUCAACACCAGCCACAGCAACACCUACAUCAGCACCAGCACCAACAAACAACAAUAAUGAGGCACAGAAGAAGAGUAACAGAAUUCAAGUGUCUAACACCAAGAAACCACUCUUCUUCUAUGUCAAUCUUGCUAAGAGGUACAUGCAGCAGCAUAAUGAGGUUGAACUUUCUGCUUUGGGCAUGGCGAUCACUACGGUUGUCACAGUUGCUGAGAUUUUGAAGAAUGGUGGAUUUGCCACAGAGAAGAAGGUUUUAACAUCCACAGUUGGAAUGAAAGAUGAGGCCAAAGGCCGCAUGGUUCAGAAAGCAAGAAUUGAGAUAGUGUUGACGAAGAGCGAGAAGUUUGACAAGCUGAUGACACCAAACAAUAAUAAUAGUGAACGUGCAGUAGCACAAGAUGGCGCAGCAACCAACAAGAAUACUAUUACUAAUGACACUAAGGAGCAAAACAAGAAGUAG